ACAUUAUACAACACGAGUGUCUUAAAACACUACGAAGAAGACGAAAAAAGUGAUCGUGAAAUACUGUGAGUGGAGUAAAAUAGUGAAUAAAUAGGUAAAAAAUUGCCAAUUGUCCAACACUAGUGAAAAUCUUUCUUCGCAAUAGUACAUCAAACUCCGGAUAGUGUCGUUCUGCAUUCCCCACUGCAAAAGAUAGUCGAAAAUGUUUACAGUAAACACACAUCAGCACCAACUGCUGUUUCAUCUAUCACAGUUUACUCCGCGACACAGCAAUAUCGCAUUCAAGAAACAACACAAACAUCCGUCUCCUAAUCAGCAACCGGGAAAGGAAGCCUCCUACUUGGCACAGCAAGACUAUGUUCCCCGGCUGAAGCAAUCGCUGGUUCAAUUCUACGUAGAUAGCUUCCGGCAAUCGGUUGAACAACCGUUGGCAGUCCCCCUGUCGAAACCGGAUGCAGCCAGCCUGUUUGAACUGAAACUACCUCGUCGGAUUGAGCGUAGCUUGCUGAAGCACUUUAGUAACAUUCGCGUAGUGGCCAGUGACCGUGAAGAGGUUCCAUGGAGUUUAAAACUCACACCUAAGGUUCGCAAGGGAAAGGGUAACAGGGAGCAACAGGAAACGGUGGUCUUCAAUGGACAAGCGAUUCAAAAAAUCGUGCGAAAUUUGCUUGCGCAACCGAGCGGGAUUGCGCUCGUGCAACAGCGAGGCUUCAAAACUGUACGGUCAAUCAGUGCCGAGAUGAAGCGAAAUCCCGGUCUUUUUACCAGAGUGAAGGACACACUGGCUGCCCCAGCUCCGCCCCCCAUAUCUCAUAAAUAUGAGCCAGUACCGUUCAACGCACAGACCAUUACACCUCAGCAAUACAGCGAACCAUUCAACAAAUUGCUAAGUGACGUGAAUGAUCCUACAAUACCGGACGAUCAUAAGCAACGACUGAAGAUUGCUUUUGCCGAGGGUUAUCUAACUGCCACGCAUCCUGAUCAUGCUAACCGUUCUGGAAAAGCUAUGCGCUACCUCAAGGUUCUCCAACAGCUGCUGAUUAUCGUCGUGUUCAUCGGAAUCUUUGUUAGUCUGUUCGUUUCGACCAACGGGUCCGUUUUUAGAAUACAAAUCGGCAACCAGGUCGAGGUGGACCCUGAAGACAUAUCCGUAACGUUCGAAGAUGUCAAGGGUUGCGACGAAGCGAAGCAGGAACUGAAAGAGGUUGUUGAGUUCCUUAAGAACCCGGAUAAGUUUAGCAACCUAGGCGGUAAGCUACCCAAAGGAGUGUUGCUAGUGGGGCCACCUGGUACUGGAAAGACGUUACUGGCUAGAGCAGUAGCCGGUGAAGCUGGAGUUCCAUUUUUUCACGCUGCAGGACCAGAGUUUGAUGAAGUACUUGUCGGUCAAGGCGCUCGUAGAGUGAGGGAUUUGUUCAAGGCUGCUAAGGAGCGAGCACCGUGUGUAAUUUUUAUUGACGAAAUCGAUUCCGUUGGCGCAAAGCGUACCAAUUCCGUGCUGCAUCCCUAUGCUAAUCAAACCAUCAAUCAGUUGCUAUCCGAGAUGGAUGGAUUCCAGCAGAACGAGGGUGUUAUUGUUUUGGGGGCUACAAAUCGACGGGAUGAUCUGGAUCAAGCGCUCCUUAGGCCGGGUCGUUUCGACGUCGAAGUUGUCGUUCCAACGCCGGAUUUCACCGGACGGAAAGAGAUACUUACCCACUAUCUGAGCAAGAUUUUAAGCAAGGAAAUCAACGUUGAUCAAUUGGCGCGGGGUACAACCGGUUUUACUGGCGCCGACAUCGAAAAUAUGGUUAAUCAAGCUGCUCUAAGAGCCGCUAUCGACGGGGCAGAAGUGGUUUCUAUGAAGCAUCUGGAGAAUGCCAGAGAUAAGGUACUUAUGGGACCGGAGCGUAAAUCUCGCCUGCCGGAUGAGGAAGCGAAUAAGAUUACGGCGUACCAUGAGGGCGGACAUGCAAUUGUAGCUUAUUAUACAAAGGAGUCGCAUCCUUUGCACAAAGUGACAAUCAUGCCACGAGGUCCAUCACUUGGCCAUACUGCUUAUAUUCCGGAGAAGGAACGCUAUCAUGUCACCAAGCAGCAACUUUUGGCCAUGAUGGAUACCAUGAUGGGAGGUAGAGCAGCAGAGGAAUUGAUUUUCGGAGCAGACAAAAUUACCUCCGGAGCUAGCAGCGAUCUGAAGCAGGCCACAUCGAUCGCUUCGCAUAUGGUCCGUGACUGGGGCAUGUCCGAUAAGGUAGGCCUACGUACCAUCGAAACGUCCAAAGGGUUCGGAGCCCCCUCAGAAAUGCUUUCGCCGUCAACAGUGGAAGGCGUGGAUAACGAGAUCAAGAAAAUUCUCAGUGACAGCUAUGAACGGGCAAAAGCAAUUCUUAAACAGCAUGCCAAAGAACAUAAGGCACUGGCAGAAGCGUUGCUUAAGUACGAAACGCUUGACGCAGAGGACAUCAAAGCCAUUUUGGGUGGGGAGAAGUUGCCCACAGAAGAACAUCGAUUGGGUUGAGUGAGACGAGAUCAUGGUUAUCCACUAAUGUCCCAUCAAUGUAAUUCCCUGCAAAAUGAGAACGAGAGAGCAAGCUAAAAUUUUAUUGUAAUUGAGCUAAAGUAGGCAAGAUAAAUAUAUACAUGCACUCUGGCGGCUUUUCAUGCUACCCAGCAAGCAAAUCUAUUAGGAUGUAGGAUAAUUAUUAUACUUGAUUGCAGCCUUCUUCUCUCGCGAUGAAGAUAUGUAUUUCGAUUGGUGUAUCCAAACGGUAUAUUGAAGAGUUGAAAAAUCGAUCGAAAUGAGUAGCACAGAAACGGAACUAAUUAAUCAAAUCGUUUAGGCAAGUUUGCAAUCUGUUAAAUUUUGUUCUCACCAUGCUUCUCGAAAAAAUGGAACGUACCGUCUUAAAUGGUAUUGCUAAAGGAACAUAAAACAGAAAUGAUCGGUACUGUUAUACACAAUGGAUUUUUUCAAAAAUCAACGCAAAAAUGUUAGUCAUGUGAA